UUGUGGAUGUGAAGUACGUAACUUGCAUAAGAUUUAAGUUGUAUUUAAAACGUCCAGAGCAACAAAAUGACUAUAUUGCCAUCAGUUUUGAUAUUGAAAUUUGCUUAGAUAUAGUGGAGUAACAAAUAUUACAGUGAUUAUGCUCAAUUUGCUGGUAAUAUAAUUCGUUAUCUGUUCCAGUAAUUUGUCUGCAAGAGUAAUAUCAGUUGCAAUGGACGAACGAAGAGUAGCUGAUUAUUUUGUAGUGGCUGGAUUGCCUGAACAACCAGAGGUACUUGAUGAUUCUGACUCUGGUCAUCUAAAGGGAUACAGUACAAAGCCUCCAAUUACAGAUAUCGGUGUUAUAUUCCCUGGUCUAGGAGAAACUGUGCCAAAUGGGUACGAAAUGUUAGAACUGACUCCGACGGGGUUACCUGCAGAUCUGAACCAUGGCUCGAUGCGAUCACCGGAAUGCUUCCUUUGUUUGAGGAGGGGUCGAGACAGGCCGCCCCUCGUUGAUAUAGGCGUCAUGUACGAUGGUAGAGAGAGAUUGAUGGCAGAUGCCGAGAUGGUUCUGGUCUCCGUCGGGGGUCGACUCGCCAACGUGAACAAUUCUACCGCGAAAACAUUCAUAACGUACAGACGCGCUCAUCCCACUGCGCCCUGCAACGCGCUCGUAGUUGUCGACGUGUGUGUAAUAGUGGCCAGUAGAGGGGAGACUCCGCCUCAUGCGUUCUGUAUGAUUGCCAAAAAUCUUAAUAAAGGUUUAAUGGGAAGUGACGUAUUCCUCUGUUACAAGAAGUCAAUGAACCGUCCGCCGCUAAUAGCCUAUAAACCAGAAGUACUGUUUAGAUAUCCAACAGUCGACCGACGUAGUCUAGUUUUCCCGACGUCCGUGCCACUAUUCUGUUUGCCAAUGGGCGCUACGUUGGAACUGUGGCCGAACAAUGCCGCGUCACCGAAGCCGGUAUUCUCUACCUUCGUCCUGACGGUAGCCGAUGCCACUGAUAAGGUGUACGGGUCCGCGGUGACGUUCUACGAGAGCUACUCGCACUCGCAGCUAAGCGAGUCGCAGGCGGAGCAGCUGGGCUGGCGCGCGGGCGUCUCGCACAACACGCACGCGCUGCACGCCAACAAGUCUAUCUGCCUUCUCUCGCGCUGGCCCUUCAGCGACACUUUCGAACGCUGGCUGCUCUACAUACUGGAGAUGUCAUGGAGCAAAGAACCCUUAAAUAUACCGAUUGAACGAUAUAUAACACAUUUGUUAGAAGAAGUUCCUUUUCCCGAACCAAGAAUAUUAUUACAGUUAUCACCAACGAACCCCCACGACCGGGUCAUCGUGACGCGUCGCGAUGAUCAGCCGCUGGUCCGCAGCGGGGCCGGCUUCAGACAGCUGCUGCUGAACCUGGGACCUGACAACUGCCUCCUGCUACUCGCUCUGGCCAUCACCGAGCAAAAGAUACUUAUACAUUCAUUGAGGCCCGACACAUUGACCGCCGUAUCUGAGGCAGUUUCGAGUCUCCUGUUUCCAUUUAAAUGGCAGUGUCCAUACAUACCUCUAUGCCCUUUAGGCUUAGCAGAAGUACUUCAUGCGCCGUUGCCGUAUCUUAUAGGCGUGGAUUCGAGGUUCUUUGACCUCUACGAGCCACCACCGGACGUCACGUGCGUCGAUCUUGACACUAAUAACAUUACUAUAUGUGAAUCCCAGCGACAUAUCUCGUUGAAAAUUCUACCGAAACGACAAGCGAGGACACUUCGCCAGACACUCGAACAGUUAUUUGCCAACAUAAGACCUGCCUCACCUGUCCACUCUUCAAAUGAUAGUAAAUAUAACGGAGAACCAACAACAAGCUUGGAUCGAGAUUUUCAGAAAAGAAAGAAAGAGCAAGCUUUAGAACUGAAGAUUCAGGAAGCGUUUCUACGGUUCAUGGCGGUAACUCUACAGGGUUACCGAAGCUACCUCAUACCGAUAACCAAAGCACCCACCGUCGGUACCACCGACCCACAUGCCUUGUUCCACAUGGACGCCUUCUUGAGGUCUAGGGAUAAGACGUACCAGCGGUUCUACGCGCUCAUAAUGCGCACGCAGAUGUUCACGCGGUUCAUCGAGGAGCGCUCGUUCGUGUGCGACGCGGACCAGUGCCUCACGUUCUUCGACGAGUGCACGGAGCGCGUGGCCGCCGUCGACGAGCCGCUGCUCGGCCUCGACGCCGGCAACGCGUCCGAGCGGACCGUGUUCGUGCUGCCGCCGGACCCGCCCGACCCCGAGGGGCAGUACACGUACGAGAAGCUGGUGCUGGACGAGCGGCUGGCCACGCGCGGCCGCGAGGGCCGCUCGCUGCGCGCCGCGCCGCCCGCCGCGCUCGCGUCGGCCGAGUCGCUGGCCGACGCCUCGCCCAUGGCGCGCCGCACCAAGAACGAGAUCGUCGCCGCGCAGCGUUUGGCACGCAAAGCGAGUCUUUCGCCCGAAGCGUGGGCGAAAUGUCUCCUGGGCGCUUGUUAUUCGCUUUAUUUCCUGGCGCUACCGUGUCGCCUUAUACUGUGUCGGGGAAAGGAGCACGCAACCCUUCGCAGCGCUUACGAGCUGUUGGAACGUGCGACUAAACUGAGAGUGCCUUUGGAUGAGGUAUGCUACAGAGUAAUGAUGCAGCUAUGCGGUAUUCACUCCUUGCCAGUACUGGCCGUACAAUUGCUGUUUCUGAUGAAGAGAGCUGGACUACAACCGAACGCCCUCACAUACGGUUACUACAACCGCUGUGUGCUCGAAGCGGAGUGGCCGCAAGACAUGCCGAGCGGCUCGCAGUUGCUGUGGAACAAGCUGCGCGUGGCCGUGCUGGGCGCCGCGCUGUUCCGCCACGCCGGCGCGCAGCGCGCCGCGCGGAACGGCUCCGGUACUCUACCGCGAGUUCGCACAGUCGGCGGUGAGGGUGCGGAUCUAUCGGCAUUGGCGUUAGCCGAACCUAAUCGUAGCAGAUCAAGUCUCGAUUCUGCGGGCGAGGCGAGUGCGGGCGCCAGCGCGUUCGAGGCGCUGGUGCGGCGCGGGAACAUCGUGCGCGCCGCCACGGCGCACCCGCGGCACUGCCAGCUGUCCGCGCACGCCGGCAUACUCAUCUCAGGUCUGCCGUCCGAUCCCGACCUGACCAGAACCACGAGGCCCAGAAGUAACUCCUUAGGGAACGAGGAGACCGAACCGACGUUGUCGAUUACUGAGAAGAGACAGACGAUCCACGUAAGUCCAGACAGUCCGUCCGAUCUACGUAUCCUGACACGAUCCGAGAGUUUCGCUGGAGAUGCGCAAAUAGUUCAGAACUUACAGAGGCUAUCAUUCUCUAGUGGCACGUCGAAUCCUAAGUCCCGUUGUUCGCGAACGCUAAGUUUCCCUGAGGAGCCAGAGAAAGAAGCGGCAGCUACUGAUCCAUUGGAGACGACGAAAUCAUCACCACUCAAGCUGUCCCCGCGCACGCCGGUGCUGGCGGACGACCCGCUGGGCGCGCUGAGCGCGGCCGCGGCGCCGCCCCCCCGCGCGCCCGCGCCCGCGCCCGCGCCGCCGCCGCGCCACGACCUCAGCGUCAGCCCCAAGCUGUUCCACCGCCGCAGCGGCUCCUUCCACGAGGACACCGCGCCCCUCGCUGGGAAACUGCACAGGAGCGAGACGGCGCCCGCCACCGUGUCGUCCGGGCUGGCCAGCAUCGGGAACACGCUCAAGAUCAGCUUCGGACGCUUUUCGCCUGCAAGACUGUCGUUGCGCAAGGAAAACAUGAAUAUCGGCAAAGCAAUGAUCGAGAACUACCUCAGCCCAACAAGUAUAGCGGGUAAGAAGUCAAACGAAUUACUCCAAAGCGGUCUCAGUAGUCUCAAGUCUGCGGCGACCAGUAUGGCGAAGAAAUUUGACGAAAUGAAAGAGGUUAUAUCAGCGAACUCGACACCGGUCAAAGGCGCUAUCGGUAACGCAACGAGCGCCCUGACAAGUUUCAUGACGGAGGACGAUUCGGCGGACGGAUCCUCUGAGUUGAAUCCAGAUGAGUUUACAUCGGGGUCUGGGUUCCGACGCGCGUCGAGUGACGCCGAGCUGGCGUGCAGUAUGGAGCGCGGCUCGCUGGCCACGCUGCUGGCGCACUUGCCCGACAAUCUCUACCCGUCCGCCCAGGACAAUUCAAAGUCGGAUAACCCGUCAAUAGAAGUCCACAUAACGUCGUGUUCGCAAUGCCACCAGUGCCUCGCAUUUCUGUACGACGAAGACAUCAUGGCGGGCUGGGCGGCCGACGACUCUAACCUUAACACGCGCUGUACUGCUUGCGGACGGCAUACUGUACCGCUUUUAUCGAUACAAGUAAUUCGAAUAGGACAAGCGCAAGCAGAAACAUUAAGCGUGCCUUAUUUAAAUCCAUUGGUUCUGAGGAAAGAAUUCGAAUCUAUUUUAGGUAGGGAAGGCGAUUCUUGUCUUGCGGAACCGGAGUUCGUCGAAUCGCAUCCUAUAGUAUAUUGGAAUUUGGUUUGGUUCCUCGAACGCGCCAAUAUUGAGAAUCAUCUCCCCGACUUGUUGAGUCCCGAUUACUCUGCGAAGUAUAUGAGUUCUGAUUCUGAUCCCUUGCCGGAUAUGGAAAAACCUGCCGGCGUGUCGGUGGUGUGCGCGUGGGAGGGCGCGCGCGCGGCCGAGGGCGACGCGCCGGCGCUGCACCGCGCGUGGCGCGGCCGCCUGCAGCCGCGCUCGCGCACGCUGCGCGCGCUGCUGCUCACCGACCACGACUGCUCCAAGCACUACUCUGUCGUACUAGCAGUGUUGGACGGUCUCUUAAGUAAUGAUCUCUCCGACGCGAUCAGAAAAUUGGCCUCGUGGCGAGAAUCCACCUGUGGAAACAAACGCUACUAUUCGUAUUACAGGGAUAUCCUCUUCCUGGCAAUGGCGGCUCUGGGUGAACAGAACAUCGACUUCUUAGCGUUACAGAACGAGUACACUCGCGCCCUCGACCAACUCGGCACUGAAGCCAGACCCCAGGACUUACCGCCUUCAACGACGGCCAUAUGUUGCAGGCAUUACUUCAAGAGAUUGCGUCUAACUGUAAACGAAUAAUAAUUCGGAAAAAGAGAUAAAAAUACGAGUACAAUCGCUUAUAUUCAAACGUUGGAAACAAAAGCAUUCUUAUGGGUCACUCUAGAAGUUAGAUGUUGAUUAUGACAUUUAUACGUGAUUAGAAUUUUAUUCAGUGCGGUCCAAGUAUCAAUACGCCUUAUUGCAGUUUCAUAUUACGAUGGUAAAUGUACAAGGUUUAAAAUAAAUGCGUAACGCUUACGUUUUAUUUCAACAGGCGCAUAUGUCUUAAUUAUUAAUUCGAUCCAUGUAAUAAAUAAAAUGUUAACAACCUAUGAUUACAUAUAAUCAUGAGAUAUUGUCAUAUUUUGUCUUAAUCAAUAUAACGAACCAUCUACUAUUUUUUUUUUUUUAUUCUGCGAUUCAGAAUGUAGGUCAAUGUGUCAGAAAAAAAAAACUUUUCUUCACAUGAGGUCACAAAGACCAUUAUCGCGUUCAUUAAAUUAUAAGAUAUAAUAUAUUGAUAAUAUUUUUAUUAAUCGACGUGUACAUAAAUGUUUUUGAAAUGAAAUACUAAACUAUGAGUACGUAAUUAAACAUAUUAUUCGAGUAUUGCAUAACAACAGUACGUGGGAUCGCCGUCCAGUAUAUUUAAGUUUAUCAGCUUAUAUCCGCAUGAUGCUUACAUUAUUAAAAUGUUCUAGAAAGUUCCCGUCCUUUCCCGGGAUCAAUAUGGCGUUAAAUGUUAGUUCUAGAACAAUUCUAAGACUGUUCAACUAAUCUUCGAGCGCAAUACAUCAAAGCUGCUAAUGAAAUUGACGUAAAUCAAUUAACUGCUUGUUAAUGAUCUAGUUUUUUAAGAAUUAUUGCCCCAAUUAUUCAUUUUAAUAAUAAACUAGGACUCAUUUCGAAGAAAUCUCAAUCAUAUGCAAAACGUAUAAUUAUUUAAACAUCUAACGUCUAAUUUAAAUCAAAAUAAAAUUAUUCUUGUUUAUACAUUUUGAGUAUUAUAUAACGGUGACAAGGCGUUUAUAUUUAACGUGUGUUUAUUGUAUUAUUUUUUUUCGUAAGCUGAUAAUAUAAUCUCGUCAUGUUAUAUUUUAUCGAUAUCACGUGUUUUAAAUCACAAUUAACGCCCCGCACUAGUGAAGCAAUGUCGAAAGUGUUGUGUUGAGAAGUAUAUAAAUUUAUUAUUAGAUUUUAUGUAUAUAUAAUGCUACUGGAUUUAUAUGUUUUUGUUUUUCGGCAUAUUUAUUAGUAUAGGAUUGCGGGUGCUAAUGCAAAGUAAUUUGGAAUCGUUAUUAUAUAAUUAAAUGAAUGUACAUACAUAUUAUGUGUAAAACAAUAAGAAUAAAAAUUAAAUGGUCACGAUAAUGGGUAAACUAUUACCCGACUAUUCGGUGAAGUGGUUGUUACACAAUUGUUUGCAAAUGUUAGUUUGAGAUAUUAUUAUACACGAGUUUUUUUUUAUUUAGUCGCAUAGAUUUUUUUUUUUUUUUCAUUCCAAAGCACUUUUUCGUGUAGUGUCGUGCUAAUAAGUAUUAAUUAAAUUCAAAUAGUAAUAUUUAAGUCACUUAAAACGUGACUGCCAAAUUAUAAGUAUUUGAAACGUGUCAAAGUAUACGGUUAUGUAAUUUUAUCGAUAAAGCAGCUGUGUGUAAAUUCCCCACAAGUUAAUUAAUAAUCAUCACAUAAACAAACGGCCUAAUUAUGAACAGCAACUUAUAUAUUUGAUUGAAUUAGAAUAUAUCAAUAUUAUGAAAUAUGUUAUAUACGAAAUACUCAUGAUUUUACCGAUACUUAAUUGUUUAUAUGUCAAAGAUGUUUCAGAUCGACUUAUUAUUUAUAAACCUUAGUAAAUGAAAUAUAUAUAUGAGGAAAUAUAAUUUAUUUAUUAUUUCGCUUUAUUUUAAAAUUUAAAUUAAAUUAAUUGUAAUUUUAUUUUUAUGGCGCUUUAAUAUUAUGUAACCACUCUGUCAGUCUUAUGUUAUCAUUUAUAUAAAACAGUUUUUGUUUUGUUUGCCUCGGGUGAUGUUAAAAGCCAUAUUUUUUAGUUCCAUUAUGUGUACAAUAUUGAUAGUCAAUCAAAUGUAUUUUUAUAAUAAAGUAGAUGUUGUACUGUUAUUUUUAAUAAUUAUCUUAUUGAACAAGGUAAUCGAAAAGACAUGCAAUAAUAUUUUAUGUGUGCAUUAUUUACCAUAAUUAUUUCAAAUUUAUUUUAUGUAAUGGACAAGUAUUUUAUUAAAAAUGUAAUAAUUUUUUAUAAAAAACAAUAUAAGGCUUCAUUUCA